AUGACAUCUCCUGAGAAGACUCAGGAUCAGGCUGGUCACUCGCGGUCGAUAUCCCUCCAACAUCCGUCUCCACCUCCGUCUCCAUCUCGGAAGAGAGCCGAACUUCCUCAGGUGGCCCUUGAGUUUACACCUUUCUUUGAAAAUGUAAAAGAAUCAUGGGAGAAGAGAGACCACCCCAACAUGCUGUUCUUGUUUUAUGAAGACUCUUUAAGGGACUUGGCAACAACCGUAAAGAGGGUAGCGAAAUUCCUGGUAAAACCAGUAUCAGAAGAACAAGUCAAGCGUCUGUGUGAUCAUCUGGUCUUCAACAAUUUUAAGAAAAAUAAAUCUGUUAAUAUGGUAGCCAUUACCGAGUUAAAUGUAGAGUUGACUAACAGCAAAAAUUCUUUUAUAAGAAAAGGUAAAGCCGGCUGAUGGCGGGAGUACUUCGAUGAGGAGAUGUUACGACAGGCGGAUCAAUGGAUAGCAGAUAACCUACGUGACACUGACUUAAAAUUCCCUUCCAUUAAGUAAACACGCUGAAAUAAAAUAUUUGUUGUAAUUAAUCAGAAUAAUCUUAUUUAUUACCAAAAGCGAAAUUACAGGCUAGCCACCGUAGGCUUGCUUAGUGCUUAUAAAUUAACUGUCUUGACAGCCUUUAUUGAAGUAGAUACAAAAAUAUAUGAAGUA